GUUUUGCUGGCAAUAAUCCGGGUGCGGUAUGUCGGCGUGAUUCUCUCGGGCGUCCAAUGGUGCACGCGGAGAAAACAGAGAAUCCAGUUGCCAAAAUGUCGGAGGAGAAGUUAGAGGAAAUUCUGCUGCCUCAGGAGGAGGAAAAAGUGCAUUUUGCUGCACCAGCCAUUCAGAAUAAUACGGAUGGUUGGGGCCCGUGUGAAUUGCCGGAUCAAUUCAAGGAUAUACCGUACCAGCCGUUCUCCAAGGGCGACAGGCUCGGCAAGAUCUCGGAUUGGACUGGCUCGGCCUUCCAGGAUAAGAAAUUCACAAACAAAUACGCCUCGCAGUUCGGUUCAGGCAGUCAAUACGCCUACUACCACGACGAGGACGAGUCGACCUUCCACCUGGUCGACACGACCCGCGUGCAAAAGCCGCCGUACCAACGGGGUCGUUUCGGCAAGAACCAGCGCAACAUGCGCGGACGUGGUGGUCAGCGUGGGGGUAUGAACCAGAUGCAGCAGCUGGGUAAGCUCAAGCUCCGCGAGCGCGAGCGCAAGGGACAGACGAAGCGGUGGGGCCGCCAGCAGGGUCUCAGGAACCACAAGAACCAGCCGCCAAUAAAAAUUCGAGACGCCUCUGUGACCGUUCGCCCCGACUGGGUGACAAUCGAGGAGAUGGACUUCCCUCGUCUAGCCAAACUCUCCCUUCCUGGCAUCAAGGACGCCGACGAUGUCCUCUGCUGUGGCUCCCUCGAGUACUACGACAAAACCUACGACCGAGUGAACGUUAAAAAUGAAAAACCCCUGCAGAGAAUCGAUCGCAUCUUCCAUACAGUAACAACCACUGACGACCCAGUGAUCCGCAAGCUCUCGAAAACCGAAGGCACUGUCUUCGCGACAGAUGCCAUUCUCGCGACGAUAAUGUGCUGCACCAGGAGCAACUACUCCUGGGACAUUGUCAUUGAGAAGAUCGGAGACAAGCUCUUCUUCGAUAAGAGGGAUAACACAGAGUUCGAUCUGUUGACGGUCAAUGAGACGAGUGUGGAGCCACCGCAGGACGAUGGGAACUCGUUGAACUCCCCCAGGAACCUCGCCCUUGAGGCCACCUUUAUCAAUCACAAUUUCUCCCAGCAAGUGCUCAAGUCCAGUGAGAACAGGUACAAGUUCGAGGAGGGCAAUCCCUUCAUCUCGGAGGAGGAGGAGGGCGAUGUGGCCAGUGUUGCAUAUCGCUACAGGAAGUGGGAUCUCAACAAUGGGAUCACUCUCAUCUGCAGGUGUGAGCAUGACGCAGUUAUGCAAGGACCCAACGGUGAGACCCAAUUCCUGACGAUCAAGGCUCUGAACGAAUGGGACUCCAAGCUCGCUAAUGGAGUUGAGUGGAGGCAGAAGUUGGAUACCCAACGUGGAGCUGUGCUCGCCAAUGAACUGAGGAAUAAUGCAUGUAAAUUGGCCAAGUGGACGGUCCAGGCCAUCCUGGCUGGGUCUGACCAGCUCAAGUUUGGGUACGUGUCGAGGGCUAGUGUUCGUGACUCGAGCAAACACGUCAUUCUGGGGACGCAGCAGUACAAACCAAAUGAAUUCGCCACCCAGAUUAACCUGAACAUGGACAAUGCCUGGGGAAUUCUUCGGUGCAUCAUCGACAUCUGUCUCAAGCAGAAGGAUGGAAAGUACCUCAUCAUGAAGGACCCUAACAAACCCAUGAUUCGACUCUACGACAUCCCCGACAACACUUUUGAGAGCGAGGAGGAGGAGGACGACGACGAAGACGAGCCUGUCAACGAUGCCUUCCAAAAUUGAUUUUCUCGGGGAAGGAAUUGCGCAACAGCUAUUGGUAUUCUAAAAUAUUAACUGAAUUAUUAAUUAUUUCAUCAUUGAUAUAUCGUGAUUUUGUAAUCGAACAGGAUUUUCCAGAGGUGAGAAUAAAUGAAUUGUGAAUUGCA